AUGGUGACGGCACUACCCUCUCGCGCUAAACAGCCUGCGCGACAGCAACCAGACCCCAAACCCAACCCGGCCUCCGGCAAAAACAAGAGAGAAAACCCGUUGCGGCCCAAGAGACCGACGCAGGUACUCGAUGUCGCCGUAUGGGGCAGCGGCGAGAACUGCGAGCUCGGCCUCGGCCCCCGCGUCACCGAGGCCCCCAAGCCCCGCCUCGCGGACAGGUUCCUGUCCGCCGACACCGUCGGCGUCGUGCAGGUCUCGGCGGGCGGCAUGCACUGCGCGGCCUUGACCCGCGACGGCAAGGUCCUGACGUGGGGCGUUAAUGAUGACGGGGCGUUGGGCCGGGUGAGGUUGCCGGAUACGCCCGAAGAAGGCGCCGAGGAUCUAUUGGAUCCCUUUGAGAGCACGCCUGGCCAGGUGCCCCUCGAUGACGAUGUCGAGGUCGUGCAGGUUGCAGCGACCAACAGCGCGUGUUUCGCCUUGACUGCUGAAGGGACGGUCUACGGCUGGGGAAGCUUUGCAGGGGGAGACGGCAACUUUGGCUUCCUCCACGAGAAGCCCCCCAAGACCACAGAGCAACUGCCUGUGCGCAUACCAGGCCUCGAGAAUGUCAUGGAGAUGGCCGGCGGUGCGAACCACAUCCUAGCCCUGACCAACGACGGCAACGUCUUUGCUUGGGGCUCGGGGGAACAGAACGAGCUGGGUAGGCGCGUCUUAGAGCGUCGCCGCUUCGAGACCCUGAUUCCACAACGCGUAGGCCUGCCCAAGAACAAAACGGCCCAGAUCUUUGCGGGCUCGUACCACAGCUUUGCCAUCGAUGUCGACGGCAAGGUCUGGGCUUUCGGGCUGAACAACUUUGGCCAAUGCGGCAUCCCAACCCGAGAGAUUACCGGGUUCACGACCAUCAUAUCGCCAACCAUCGUAAAGAGCUUGAGCGAUUACGAAAUUCGCCAUAUCGCAUGCGGACUUCAUCAUUCUAUUGCUUGCACAAAGAGUGGACAAGUCCUGGUGUGGGGUCGGUGUGACGACGGCCAGAUGAGUAUCAGUCUUGAUGCGGUGGCGAAAGAGCACAUCAUUUUUGACUCCCGGGGACGUCCUAGAGUCCUGAACGUGCCGACCGAGGUGCCGAUACCUGACCGUCAAGCCGUGUUCGUUGCGGCCGGGAUCGACAACUGCUUCGUCGUCGCCAACGAGUUGUAUGCAUGGGGAUUCUCUGCCAGUUACAACACCGGUCUGAAGACCAUUGAGACAGUCAAGUCCCCGACCGCGGUGCCAUGUCGACUGACGGCAACGUUCGUUGAUGCCGGGGGCCAGUUUGGCAUCGCGUGUGGACGCAGCCUAUGA